AUGCCUCAUGUGUGUCAAUCUUUAAUUAGUCGCAUACUGUUCAACGUACACCUUUGGCUUGAUUAUACUAAUCGCUGGUGUGUCAGUCAGAAGCAUCCUCGAUCUGAUAUGUUACCAACGGCACAAUCUCUUUGCAGUUUAAAUAGAUACGUCGAUCGACCAGACGUGGGAGAAGCCAGUAGCAUGAGGGACAUGGCAGAGAGGAGAUCAAGGCAUGGGCACGGGCAUGCCAACGUCGUGCCGUUCGGGGCAGGAGCAGGAGGAGGGUUGCAGCACGGAGAGCAUGACCAGGAGAAGGUCAAGGAGAAGAAGCUGGACAUGAGCGGCCUGUCCAUGGACACUAUCCCGCACCUCACCAUGUCCCUUGGCCACAUCACCACCUUGGACCUCUCCAACAACAAUCUCGAGAGCAUUCCAGAGUCAAUGAUCGCGCGGCUGCUGAACGUGGUGGUGCUGGACGUGCGCUCCAACCAGCUCAAGUCGCUGCCCAACUCCAUCGGCUGCCUCUCCAAGCUCCGGGUCCUCAACGUCUCCGGCAAUCUGCUCCAGUCCCUUCCCGCCACCAUCGAAGAAUGCCGUGCGCUGGAGGAGCUGAACGCCAACUUCAACCAGCUGACGAGGCUGCCGGAUACACUGGGCUUCGAGCUCCACAGCCUCCGGAGGCUCUCCGUCAACUCCAACAAGCUCACCAGCCUGCCCUUCUCCACCUCGCACAUGACAGCGCUGCGGGCCCUGGACGCGCGCCUCAACUGCAUCCGUGCCCUCCCCGAGGGCCUUGAGAACCUCGUCAACCUCGAGGUGCUCAACGUCAGCCAGAACUUCCACUUCCUCAGGGAGCUGCCCUACGGCCUGGGGCUCCUCACCUCGCUCCGGGAGCUUGACAUCAGCUACAACUCCAUCUCCGUGCUCCCAGACUCCAUGGGCUGCCUAGCCAAGCUCAACAAGUUCAGUGCCGUCGGGAACCCGCUUGUCUGCCCCCCUAUGGACAUCGUUGAGCAGAGCCUUGACGCCAUGCGUACCUACCUCAGCUCCAGGAUGAACGGCACCGGCGUCAACGCCAAGAAGAAGAAGGGGUGGCUGCCCAGGAUGGUCAAGUACAACACCUUCUCCGCGCGGAUGACUCCAGGACGCAAGAGUGCCCACGACAACUCUGAGGGCUUCUCGAUGUCAGACUACCACUCGCUCAACGGCUCCGCGUCUCCGGGGUUCCUCUCCAUGCUUUCGCCACGACGGCUCUUCUCGCCGCGGAGAGAUUCGCCCAAGCAUCAUUAA